UUCCAAUCUCCAUGGAAGAGCCUUGUUCCUCACUCCACCUUCGAAUAAUCGUCAGGGGUAACACAUCGAUUUGAUUCUCGCGAUCUGCUGCGCCGGCGCGAAUCGGAUGCAAUUCCUUCGCCGUUGACAGGAAGGUACCGCCGGGGAAGAAAUCGGGAAGAUGAGUUCGAGAUCCGCAAAAACCUCGAAACCGCCGAACCAGCAGGCCGCAGCGAAAUCGGCUUCGGUUUCUGCUACAUCCUCGCUCUCGACGCAUCUGGCGAUGGUCGAAUUGAAGCAUCGAAUCCUCACUUCGCUCAACAAGCUGGCCGAUCGAGACACGCACCAGAUCGCCGUCGAGGACCUGGAGAGCAUCAUCCAGUCGCUGUCGAACGACGGCAUUUCUAUGGUGUUGAACUGUCUGCACGACGCCGUGAACGACCCCAAGCCGGCGGUGAAGAAGGAAGGCGUAAGGCUACUCGCUUUUCUCUGCAAUGCUCACACCGACCCUGCCGCUAGCCAUCUCACCAAAAUCAUUGCCAACAUUGUGAGGAGGCUGAAGGACGCCGACUCGCACGUGCGGGAAGCGUGCCGCGACGCCAUUGGUUCGCUUGCGGGGUUGUAUUUGAAGGGCGGGAACGGUGGGGACGGCGUCGUGUCGCUGUUCAUGAAGCCAUUGUUUGAGGUGAUGAGCGAGAAUAACAAAACCGCGCAAAGCGGCGGGGCGCUGUGUUGGGCGAAGAUGGUGGAAUGCGCUGCCGAUCCACCUUUGAUUACUUUCCAGAAGCUGUGUUCUAGGGUUUGUAAGUACUUGAAUAGCUCGAAUUUCAUGGCCAAAGCUUCGAUGUUGCAGGUUGUAUCAAGUUUGUCGCAGGUAGGAGCAAUCACACCACAAAAUUUAGAACCAAUGCUGCAGAGUAUUCAUGGUUGUCUUCGAAGUUCUGAUUGGGCAACAAGGAAGGCUGCAGCCGACACGUUAAGUGUCCUGUCUAAGUAUGCUGGAAAAAUAACAUCCGAAGUUGCUGUUUCCACUUUGAAUUCUCUCGAGGCUUGUCGAUUUGAUAAGGUAAAGCCAGUUAGAGAAAGCAUGACUGAGGCUAUGCUGCUUUGGAAGAAAUCUGCUGGAAAAGACGGAUCUUCAGAUGAUCACAAAGCCUCAUCUCAUGAUGGUGAUACCUUGGAAUCUGCUGACAUGUCUGAUAGAAAUGAUGGUGAUAAAGAAAAUAAAAGGUCAGUGAAAGAUUCAUCCUCUGGAUCAUCUCCCACCGAUCCUAACGCUAAAGGCACAGGAAACAAUAUCUUGGACAGGGCAGUUGGGAUAUUAAAGAAGAAGGCACCUGCAUUAACUGACAAAGAAUUGAACCCUGAGUUCUUCCAGAAACUAGAAGCAAGAGUUUCAGUCCCGGUGGAAGUUAUCCUUCCUCGCCGACCCAACAAUUCUUCAAUUUCGGAAAAUGAGGACAGUUCAGAAUCAAGUGCAGCUCCAAGUCAGAAAGAUAGGCCUAAGGGCUCAGCUGGCAAUGGUUCCUCAAAAGAAAAACAUGAAGUCGUGGAGGAGGAAACUAUUGGUGGUCAGAGUGACUGUAACCAGAGAGAGUUCUCCAACAGAGCUUCAUGUAGAUCAGAAGGAUUUGUGGAUGGUAAAGGAAAUUGGCUGGCCAUCCAGAGGCAAUUGUUGCUGCUGGAGAAGCAGCAGGCUCAUCUCAUGAAUAUGUUGCAGGAGUUCAUGGGUGGAUCUCAUGACAACAUGUUGACCCUAGAAAGCAGGGUUAGGGGUCUUGAGAGAGUAGUCGAAGACAUGGCACAUGAUUUAUCUGUAUCAUCAGGCUGGAGGGGAGGCGGUGCUGUCGCUGGAUUUGAGGGAUCUUCGAACAGGCCACUAAGCAAGUAUAACGGUUUGCCCGACUAUUCCAAUGGCAAGUUUGCAAGAGGCAGUGAUGGGCACAAUCAUUAUGGGGAGAGGCUUCCGGCAUUUGAUGGCGUUGCCUCGGGAAUAAAAUCUAGGGGCUCUUCUUGGAGAUCCAACCCAGCCGACUCGUUGGACUUCCAUGCAUAUGGUAAAAAUGGACAUUGGUGCUCAAGGAGAGGCUGGGGAAAAGGAGCUGGGCCUGUCAGGUUUAGCGAGGGACCUUCAGCUCGGAGCAUCUGGCAAGCCUCAAAGGAUGAAGCUACCUUGGCAGCUAUUCGUGUGGCCAGUGGAGACAGUGGAAUCAGUCGGAGAGCGCAAUUGGGUGCGCCUGAAAUGGUACAUGAUACAUUAGGUGAUAACGGUGGUCUGCAAGAUGGCGACCCGCUUUGGGGUUCUUGGAGCAAUGCUAUGGAUGCGCUUCAUAACGGGGAUGUAGAGUCUGCUUUCACUGAAGUUGUGUCCACUGGGGAUGAUUUCCUGCUAGUAAAGCUGAUGGAGGGGUGCGGUCCCGUCAUUGAUCAGCUAUCAAGCGAGGUGGCUAGUGAAGUCGUCAAUGCCAUUUCACGAUUGGUUGUGGAUCCAAACUUGUUCAAUGUAUGCUUGUAUUGGAUUCAACAGCUGGCUGAUAUUGUUAUCGAUUCCGGCCCCGACGCAUUGGGGAUUCCGAUGGAGGUGAGAAGAGAGCUUCUGGUGAAUUUGCAAGAAGCAUGUUCAUCAGUGGAGCAUCCUCUGGAAGGAUCACGUCCAGACCAAUUGCUGCAUCAGUUGGGUUCUGCUUGGGAAAUUGAUGUAAAGCAUUUUGGGAGGUAACUAACAACCAACUCCAAUCUCAAGAACUAAUUGCUUUAUUUUAUUUUUAUUUAUUUUCACAAUUGGUUUUGAUUUAAGGUUGCAUUGAUCAGUUGGAUUUGUCUUUUUAAUUGUUCCAUGUCCAACGAAAAUGAGAGGGGUAAUGGUAGGAUGGAUAACUUUAUUAUGUCAGUGCACUAGAUUGGAUAUA